UUGCUUUCAUAUUCUUUUGAAUACAUUUGGUAUGCCUCUACAGUGCAUACAUGGUUAUCUGCCAGUUGAAUGAAAACCAAUAGGGGUCAGCUAUACAUUCCAACCCUGUUACUCCAUCUCAGAGACAGGCAUGUUCACAAUGGGCUAUUAAAUGUCACUCUUGUACUAGGAUGCCCUGAGAAUCUGGUUUGUCUUCCUGUAGUCAUCUUCACCAAGUUGGGGUGUUUGUUAAAGUGUCUAGUAUGCCAUAAGGAAGUACAUAAGAGAGACUGAAGCUGACAAGUUAUACAGUAGACAUACUGUAUACAGUGACGGUGUGUGAGCCCAAUGUUAUGUCUGAGACUGGUGUGCUUCAGCAGCCUCACUCCGUUGCCUUCACCGAGUCCGGCAACAAUUCAGCACCCAUUGAUCACAUUUUGGAUAUGGUCAAUGAGUCCUCAGAGGAAGAACCCACAGUGGAAAGAGAAGAGGAGACUGCUGCCCCCGAUGCGGUCACCGGCAACCUGGAGGUCUCCAAUGAACACACCUUGCACACACACACAGUAAAUGUGCAGCGCCCAGACUCUCUGUCAGUGCCAACAGCAGCACCAGAGUCCAGCCUGUGGACGAGUCAGCCCGAUGGGGAAGUGAAGCUCCGAAUGGAGGCCUCCGGCCUGGCUGCGGAGACCCCUUUGACGGUCCAUCAGCUCUUCACGUCAUCUGUGAGGAAUUUUGGCAAGUAUACUGCUGUGAGCUGGAAAGAAGGCGAGCAGAAGAAGAGCUUGAACUACAAGGAGUACUAUAUGACCUGUCGCACAGCAGCCAAGAGCUUCCUAAAGCUUGGGUUGGAGCGUUACCAUGGCGUCGGUAUCCUGGGUUUUAACUCUGUCGAGUGGUUCAUCACUGACAUUGGAGCCAUUUUGGCAGGUGGCUUCGCUGUGGGCAUCUACACAACCAACUCCCCAGAGGCAUGCCAGUAUGUAGCAGACAACAGCAAGGCCAAUGUCAUUGUGGUGGAAAACCAUAAGCAGCUGCAGAAGAUCCUUCAGAUGCAAGACAAUCUGUCACACUUGAAAGCCAUUGUGCAGUACAAGGGUGCACUGAAAGAGAAGAGACCAAAUCUAUACAGUUGGGCUGAGUUCAUGGAGCUGGGACGUGACGAGCCCGAUGCGUUGCUUGAUGAGGUCAUCGCUAGCCAGAAGCCUAAUCAGUGCUGCACGCUCAUCUACACCUCAGGAACCACAGGCCAGCCUAAAGGAGUCAUGCUCAGCCAUGACAAUCUGACCUGGAAUGCGCUCUCCACCAGCCGGCACGUGCGCCUGACGGUCGCCACGGAGUCCCAGGAGGUGGUGGUCAGCUACCUCCCCCUCAGCCACAUCGCCGCUCAGAUGGUGGACAUCUGGGUCACCAUGAGGGUGGGCGGAGUUACGCACUUUGCUGACCCAGAUGCGCUUAAGGGCUCUCUGGUGAACACCUUGAAGGAGGUGCGGCCCACAGCCUUCAUGGGGGUGCCGCGUGUCUGGGAGAAGAUGCAAGAGAAGAUGAAGGCCACCGGCGCCAAGUCAUCCACCGUUCGCCGCAAAGUUGCCGCCUGGGCUAAAGACGUGGGUCUGCAGACCAAUUUGAGCAAGAUGAAUCAAACCACAGCAGCGGACCACACACCGUUGAGCUACCAAAUAGCCAAGAAGCUUGUGUUCAAGAAGGUGCGCAAGGCUCUGGGCCUGGACCGCUGCUACAGGUGCUACACGGGUGCUGCCCCCAUUACCCGGGACACGCUGGAGUUCUUCCUCAGCCUGGACAUUCCACUGUACGAGCUGUACGGCAUGAGCGAGAGCACCGGACCUCACACCGUCUCCCUCCCGAAUGCCUUUAGGAUCACCAGCUGUGGCAAGGAGCUCCCGGGGUGCAAGACAAAGCUGCACAACCCAGACGAUGACGGGAACGGCGAAAUCUGCUUCUGGGGUCGCCACGUCUUCAUGGGUUACCUCAACAUGGCCGACAAGACCGGGGAAGCUCUGGAUUCGGAGGGCUGGCUGCACUCUGGCGACCUGGGCAAACGCAACCGGAAGGGAUUCCUCUUCAUCACCGGGCGAAUUAAAGAGUUAAUCAUCACAGCAGGGGGAGAGAACAUCCCUCCCGUGCCAACCGAGGAUGCAGUCAAGGAAGCCCUGCCGCUGAUUAGCAACGCCAUGCUGAUAGGAGACAAGAGGAAGUUUCUGUCCAUGCUGCUCACCGUUAAGUGCCAGGUGAACGAUGACGGUGCCCCGCUGGAUGAGCUCACCCCAGAUGCCGUGGAGCUCUGCAAGAAACUGGGGAGUAAGGCCACCCGCGUCUCCGAGCUGGCGGGCGGCCACGAUCGCGCCGUAAACGCGGCCGUCCAGGAGGUCAUCAACCGCGUCAACGAAAAAGCCGCCUCCAACGCUCAGCGCAUCCAGAAGUGGCACAUUCUGGAGCAGGACUUUUCCAUCGUCGGAGGGGAGCUGGGUCCUACCAUGAAGCUGAAGCGGCCAGUCGUCUCCCAAAUGUACAAAGAGCAGAUUGACAACUUUUACAAAGAAGCGAUAUCCCCGACGACCCCCGACAAUCCGCUGCCUACCAAAUAGAAACGAGAGCUGCUCAUUUCUCGCAUUUAUCCGUCUGCCCGUUAACCAUUGUUCCCUGGUAAUGUUUUAUGAUUGCCUUACGUCUGUGGAUAAGAGGAAGCCAUUGUAAAUGAAAUGAGAAUGAUUUUUGAAGACAUUGUUCAUAAGUUAAAUUCAACUAUUUAUUUGUGUCACAUCCAGAUGUGAAGUAGCAGCGAAGAAAAGCUUGUUUGUGAUGAUCAUUGAUUGCAGUGUAAUACUUGAGAAGGAAAUACACUAUCCCAGAAAAUAGUUGAAAGUAUGUUUGGAAAAACUGUUCAAGAAAAAAAAAAAAAAAAGUGUAUUUUCAGUUUGAGUGGGUCAAAUUCAGGAGGAGAUUCAUUUCAGGUAAAAUGUCCAAAAAUAUUUUUUUUUACUUUUUAAGUUGUCUUAGCAGGCCUUCAAAGAUUUAAAGAAAACCAUUAAUAGAGAAGUUGAAAAGGAAGUACCGCAUUUAAAUCGUGUCCAGAUUCUACUCUGUUUAAAAACUUCAUCCAAGCCAUUAUACAGUAGGUGAAACAUUUUGGCUGCUGUAACUGUGCUGGUGGCUUGUGUGUUUGCACUGGUUAUAGCCUUUUUAAUGUGCGUGUUCACUUGCUGUGCUCUUAUACGAUACUGUUUUGUAAAUAUGCUUUAUGCUUUAAACCAAUAUGUGGAAGGAAAAUGAAACCAUGUUGGAGUACAGUCAAAUGAUGUACAUAUCAGCUGCCUUUUGAGUUCUCUAUCGAACCGUCGCUUAUAUCAAAUGUUAUGACGUGGCGGCCGCAUGCAUUUAGAUUCCCAGAUGUUUCCUACUUGAAAACAAAAGGCAAAGAACUGUAAUAUGAAGUCUUAAAUGAAGAGAAUAUUGUAGGCCUUUGUAGCACUCCUGUGAUUGUUGUGGGUUUGGGUCGCUCAAACUUUCUGAAGUUCAGGGUUUAUUGUGGUUUAAUUUAUAUCUCCUAUGAUUUUUGUUUUGUUUUUAUGAGGGGAUGGGGGACGUGAGUGAGGUUUCCUCCUAUAAAGUCAUAAGGUUGUUUAUGUGUCACCGGAAUUUGUGACUCAUUCCGCUCAUUUUAAUGAAGGAAGCGUGCGGUUGGUCAACUAAUUCAAAGCAAGCAUCAAGCUGUGACCUUUCCUGCAAACUGGACUCAAAAGCUGCUCAGAUGAGGAGUUAACUGGUUGAUGAGUCACUGCUGCAAAAACGCAGCAUGCAGGACAAAGCUCAAUGUCAAUUACCAGUUAAUAAAAGUUGGA